AGGUGCUGGAUAGGGCGGGCGCGGCGGCCCGGGCAUGGAGGAUGGUUCCGCUUCUCCUGCAGCUGGCGGUGCUCGGCGCGGCGCUGCUGGCCGCAGCUCUAAUACUGAUUUCCUUUGUUGCAUUUAUAACUGCUGCGGGAAUGCCACACCUUCAUCGACAUGAGCAAGAGAAGUUCUUCUUAAAUGCCAGAGGGCAGAAGGAAGCUUUACCCAGCAUAUGUGACUCACCUACCAAACAGCUUUCUGUUGUUGUGCCUUCAUACAAUGAAGAGAAACGGUUGCCUGUAAUGAUGGAUGAAGCUCUGAGCUACCUAGAGAAGAGACAGAAACAAGAUCCCAUGUUCACUUAUGAAGUGAUAGUAGUUGAUGAUGGCAGCAAAGACCAGACUUCAGAGGUAGCUUUUAAAUAUUGCCAGAAAUACGGAAGUGACAAAGUACGAGUGAUAACACUGGUGAAGAAUCGUGGAAAAGGCGGAGCUAUUAGGAUGGGUAUAUUCAGUUCUCGAGGAGAAAAGAUCCUUAUGGCAGAUGCUGAUGGAGCUACAAAGUUUCCGGAUGUUGAGAAAUUAGAAAAGGGACUGAAUGGUCUACAGCCUUGGCCUGAUCAAAUGGCUAUUGCAUGUGGAUCUCGAGCUCAUUUGGAGAAAGAAUCAAUUGCUCAGCGUUCUUACUUCCGUACUCUUCUCAUGUAUGGGUUCCACUUUCUGGUGUGGUUCCUUUGUGUCAAAGGAAUCAGGGACACACAGUGUGGGUUCAAAUUAUUAACUCGAGAAGCAGCUUCACGGACGUUUUCAUCUCUCCAUAUUGAACGAUGGGCAUUUGAUGUAGAACUGCUUUACAUAGCACAGUUCUUUAAAAUUCCAAUAGCAGAAAUUGCUGUCAACUGGACUGAAAUUGAAGGUUCUAAAUUAGUUCCAUUUUGGAGCUGGCUACAAAUGGGCAAGGACCUACUUUUUAUACGACUUCGCUAUUUGACUGGUGCCUGGAGGCUUGAACACACCAGGAAGAUGAAUUAGGUUAUCUGCCAUUUUUGAUUGUAUUCUUAUGCAUCAGUGUCAUAUUAUUUCAUUUGCAAUAAAAAUUUUAAAUAAAGCUGGAAUAAACCUAUGCCA